AUGUCGCGCCGUCAAAGUCGAGGCGUCGAUCCGGAGCUUUUCGCGCCCAGUGCACAGAGCUCAGCUGGUGACAGAUACGCAAAACCUUUACGACUCACGAUCGAGCUGGAACAUCUCAGCGGGUUUACGGGCAAAGGCAAGAACACGAUCCACGCGCAUCCUACCGACCCGGACAGCUACAUCACGUGCAUGGGUUCAGCUGUGGUGAUUGGCAAAAUCCAUGAUUCGCAGAGUCAAGAGCUGCUCUGUGCACACGAAGAAGAGAUCAACGUGAUGAGUUUGUCCAGUACAGGUACAUUUCUAGCCUCAGCACAAGUGCCUCCUCACUCCGGACGGACAGAUCGAGGUGGUGCGUUUAUCGUGGUCUGGGAUCUCACAUCAGCACAGGAGCGCUAUCGACUCCAGGGCUUCUUCCGUCCAAUACUCCAAAUGUCAUUCUCGCCAGAUGAUCAUUUCCUCGCGGCGUCCUCCGAAGACUGCCGGGUCAUUCUCUGGGAUAUGCGAACAUCCGAGGUGGUGCUUUCUAAACUUUUCCCCACCCCGAUAACAAUUCUGACCUGGGGUAAAAUGGACGAAAAGUGUCGCCGUCCUAGAUAUUCGCUCGCGUUUGCCCACUCCAGUCAACUCCUGAACGGCGAGUUAGCCUACGACAUCGCAGCCAUGCAGUAUCGUCUUGAAGUCUCCACUUUCUCGAUGCCCAACGUGGGGAUUGCUCGCACGUAUCUCUGCGCUGCAAUCACUCAAACCCGCACGGAUGUCCUUGCAGGAACCACAGCCGGAGAGCUGGUGGUUUUCAACACAGAGUCACUAGUCUACCGCAACGCCGUGCCAGUCGUUAGAAACGGCGUGCAGAGUGUCGCUGCAUGUGGAGACACCGGAUACGUGUACGUAGGCGCCGGCGACGGCGUUCUCAAGAAACUUGUAGGCCGUGACUCCGACUGGAACCUCGUAGGGCAAGUUCAACUUGUCGGCGGUAUCACCAGCAUCUCCAUUAGCCCUGGAGGAGCUCAGCUGUUCGCUGGUACCUCAGCAGGUAAAAUGUACCACGUGGUUGCCAAUACACUUGUGACUUCGGAAUUAGCGAGCAGUCAUCUGGGGGCAGUCACAAGCUGCGCCUUUGGGGAUUCAUGUGAAGAGUUCGCGACUAUUUCAGUAGACGGCAGUAUUCGCGUGUGGGAUUUAUCCUCCUACCAGCUCAAGUGUAUGGCUACCGAGGCAGUAGCGGGACUGUGUAUCACUAUUGCGAAAAACUCGACACAUUCCGGACUGCUAGUCUCCGGUUGGGUCGAUGGGUGGCUACGCGCCUACGAUGCAGCAAGUGCACAACCCAAAUGGCACAUUGCAACGGCACAUCGUGGAGAGGUGACUGCAGUGGCGUGUAGUGCUCAGUAUAUUGUGAGUGGAGCUAGUGACGGCGGAGUGAGCAUUUGGUCUUUUGCUACUCGAGAAUUGGUCCUGCAAUUCCAUGAACACAAACGAGCAGUCAGCGGCGUCCUCGUCGACGUCAAGUUACCACAUCGCGUUCACUCUUGUGGAGUAGACAAAGCUCUGUUCAUUUACGACCUCAAAGGAGCUCGGCGUGUUGUGGCACAGCAGGUUCGAGAGGGAGCGUUCCACGGUAUCACGCAGAGACUAGACAGCGAGACGGAGAUCGUUACUGCGGGCGCUGACGGCCGCCUGCUCUUCUGGGACUGCGACGAGCCGGACCCUGUCCAGUUCAUUGUAAGCCCCAGCAGGUCAAAAGUUACAUGCGCGCAAGUGUCUCCCUCAGGUCGAUUCCUGGCUACAUGUGGAGAAGACUGCGAGGUGCAACUCUUCGACGUUGGGUCCUCUGCGCUGCUGGCGUCAACACGCGGACACUCGAACACUGUGAACGCGCUGGCGUGGAGUCCGGACGAGCGACAACUCGUGUCUGUCGGCUCGGACUCGUGCAUUUGUAUCUGGAAUUUCUACCAAGAGUGA